CCUUUCAGCCGGGGAGGCGGUGACUGUCCCGGACUGGACGCUGCCGGUGCUGCAGUACGAGAGCUUGCCGCUGACCAUGUACACCAUCACCCGGGGACCCAGCAGGCUGGCGACACAGCGGAGGACGGGUCCAUCCCAGCAGAUCGAAGCCAAGUCCGGCUGUGACCUCAAGCUGAAACCGGUGGGGAGCUGCCCAGCUCCGAAGCUGGUGUUUAACCGAGUGAAUGGGAAGCGCUGUCCAACUCCAGGAACUAUAGACACUCAGGAAGAGGAGCACACACCGGCUCAUGAAGAGAAUGUCCGGUUUGUUUAUGAAGCAUGGCAGCAGGUAGAAGAGGAGCUCGGAGCCAGCCAGGAGAAUGGACAGUGUGCGCACGGGCCAGUGCACUACGUGGAGAAAACACCAAGCCAAAACCUGAAGAGUAGGUGCCAGGACUUUGUCCCAAUCGAUCUGGAAGAAUGGUGGGCAAAACAGUUCUUGGCCAAUAUCCAGAACUCUUCCUAAAUGGCCUCCUUUUACAAGAAAGACUGUUAGCAGCCAGUUAACACUUGGACUUCUUC